AUGGCCGUCUUCUCAAACAUUUCCUCUUGUGAGGAAUCCAACCCGGUCGCUCGCUUCAACCCGGCCCCGACAUUUGCCAACGACCCGGCCCCCACAUUUGCCAACAAUAACCACCCCAGUGACUCUGCUAAGAGGGUGUCAGAAACAGGCUGCUACUGGCCUGAUGGCACGCCGGCUGAUGGCAUUGUAGCCUCGGGAGAUUCAAGUAGCCUCGGGCCCUUCUAUCCCUGUCUCGACUCUGGCAAAACAUACUCGCCCAAUGACUCAGUGGUCUGCUGUUCGUCGGGUGAUAUAUGCUUCGGAGAGGCCAAUCUGUGCGGUGUAGCAGACACAGACACAGGCGGCGAGGGAAACACCGCGGUGGCGGUAAUGUAUCGUGGGGGAUGUACCGCGCAGCCAGACGCGUGGGAAAAGGCACCCGGCUGUCCGCAGAAAUGUCUUGAUCAUGCGAGGCCCUUCGCAAAUGCAGUCAACGGCGUGGUCAUGGUCAUGUCGUGUGACAAUUCAGAUCGUGCCGACAACUUGACCUUGUUCUGCUCCAAUGAUGCCCUUGACCCUACCAAGUGCGAUCACGAUGGGGCCUCACUUGAUGGAUACGAUAUUGCUGAGGCUUGGGGUAUGAUGGAGAUCCAUGGAACCGCUCUCUCGACGGUCACCUCCAUCCCCCUGGCUAAAACCUCAAGCACUUUAAGCACCUCGAGCGCAUCGAGCACGACCUCGACCAUGGCCAUGGGUACGCCGCCUACCAAUGUGACGGCUCCCAACUCACCUAACACGACCACCAUCAUCCUCGCCGUCGGCAUCCCGCUCGGGCUCCUCUUCUUCUUCGGCAUGGUUGCCCUCACCUUCGUGUGCUACCGCCGCCGCCACGCCCCCGAGACCGAGCCCGAGCAAAAACGGAGCUCCUUCACAGUCCUCAGCGUCAACCAACCGAAUACCAAGCCAACCGACACCAACUCCCUCGGCACAGUCCACUCAGAGCGCCACGCCAUCCCGGGUCCCCUCUCCUCCAACCCCAUCCUCCCCUUCUCCCCAUCCGACGGCGACCUGACCACCCUAGCCGGCACCUCCACAAUCCCGCAGCAAUCCGUCCACACCUCUUCCCCUCCCUCCCCCUCCAACAACACAAUCCCCUACAUCUCCCACUCCGACCCUCCCCCUCCCCCCGAAGGAGGCAGACCCAGCACCCCCACCCCCUGGCCGGCUUCUUCCCCCUUCAUCCACGCCUACGCCAACGAGAACCUAACCUCCAACCGCAACUCGUUUUCCCCUCUCCGCAAAUCCCAAACCCAACCCUCCCACCUCUCCCCCCCGGUUCUUGGUCCCAACACCCGCGAGAGCUACCAGUCAACCCACAGCACCCACCCCUUCCCGUCCUACUCCGAGCCCGCCAUCGGCCUCUUCCCCCCAAACUCGGGCCCCCAGUUCCCCUUCUACAGCAGGGAGGUCCACGACCGGCUACAGGAGAUUGAGUACCAGCGUGGGUUGGACGAGUAUUAUGGGGCGAGGGAGGAUUAUGUUGGUUUCGCCCGAGGGGGUCAUCAUCAUCAUCAUCAUCAUCAUCAUCAUCAAAGGCGAGAGGAUCCAAAUGUGAGGGGGGGGAUUCAUGAACUCGAGGCGACGGAGGAGGGGAGGCCGGUUAGUCAGGAGUUUGAGUUUGAUUUUGAGCACAGCUUUGGGUGUGGACGGCCUGCUGUGGGGGUUGGGAGGGCGCAGGUGGUGGAGAUUGGACGGGGGAGGGGUGGUCGGGAGCAGCAGGAGCAGCGGCAAGGGGGAGGGAGCACAGUUACUGAACAGGAGAUUGAUGAGAUGGGGGGUGGUCAUGGUUGGCAUUGGAGUACUGGCGGUGCUGGUGCUGGUGCUGGUGCUGGUCGUGGAAGUGGGAGUGGGCAUUGUUACAACCCCUACCGCUCGUCUGCCUAA